AUGGGCUACCUGAAACUAAUUGAGAUUGAAAACUUCAAAUCUUAUAAAGGUCGACAAACAGUCAGACCUUUACGCAAAUUCACGGCUAUAACUGGACUGAACGGCUCGGGAAAAUCCAACCUGAUGGAUGCCAUUAGUUUUGUCCUGGCUGAAAAGACCAGUAAUCUCCGAGUUAAAACACUGAAAGACUUGAUUCAUGGUGCGCCGGUGGGAAAGACUGCAGCGAACCGUGCAUGCGUCAGUAUGGUGUACUGUGAGGAUAAUGGUGAUGAGCGAACAUUCACACGAGUUAUCAUCGGUGCCUCUUCCGAAUACCAGAUUGACAACAAGGUGGUUGGACUCUCAGAGUACAGCGAGGAACUGGAGAAACUGGGUAUCCUCAUCAAGGCCAGGAACUUCCUCAUAUUUCAGAAUUGUAACUCCAGCAUGUGCUCACACUAA